AUGAGAAAUCACACAGGGAUAACAUUAUUCAUCCUGAAGGGACUGACAGAUGACCCACAGCUACAGGUUUUGCUCUUAAUCUUUUUAUUUCUCAACUAUUUGUUAAGUGUAACUGGGAACCUGACUAUAAUUACCCUCACCUUGGUGGAUCCCCACCUGAAAACUCCCAUGUAUUUUUUUCUUCGAAACUUCUCCUUCUUAGAAGUCUCACUCACCACUUCUUGUAUUCCUAGAUAUCUCUACAGUCUGUCAACUGGAGACAAAAUGAUUUCUUAUAAUGCCUGUGCAACACAAAUAUUUUUUAUCAUCUUUUUUGGGGCAGCAGAGUUCUUCCUCCUGGCCACCAUGUCUUAUGAUCGCUAUGUGGCCAUUUGCAAACCUCUACAUUACACAACUAUUAUGAACACUAAAGUCUCUAACCAGCUCCUGUUUAGUUCUUGGUUGGCUGGGCUGAUGAUCAUCCUCCCACCAUUAAGUUUGGGCCUUUACUUGGACUUCUGUGACUCUAACAUUAUUGAUCAUUUUUACUGUGACACAUUUCCUCUACUAGAUAUUUCAUGUACAGAUACACAGUUAAUAGAGAAGAUAACUUUGAUCGAUGCAAUAUUGACUCUCAUUAUUACGUUAUUCUUAGUAGUUUUGUCUUAUGCCUCCAUUGUCAGGACUAUUCUUAGAUUCCCCUCUGCCCAGCAAAGGAAAAAAGCCUUUUCUACUUGUUCCUCCCACAUGAUUGUUGUCUGUAUCUCCUAUGGCAGUUGCAUAUUCAUGUACAUUAAAUCUUCUGGAAAUGAAAUGGUAGCUUUGAACAAAGUGGUGUCAGUCCUAGUGGCCUCUGUUGCCCCUGUGAUGAACCCCUUUAUUUAUACCCUGAGGAACAAACAAGUUAUACAAGCCUUUAAAGACUCAGUAAAGAAGAUUGCAAUUCUCAAAAAGCAAUAAGAGAGUAUGGAAUCUGAGAAGCUAAAUGAUGAAAGAAAACAUAUCAUUCUGCAAUAUAUACAUUUCUUCCUAGCUAUUCCUUUCAUAAUAUAUAGAGAUAAAGAUUCUAUUAGCUCUUUUCUCAUGAAGGAAGAAUCAUUCCCUACCUUCCUACACAUAUGGGACUACAGAUCUUUCCUUCUCCCCUUUCCUUAUGAUCUGUGAUGCUUUCCUAACUUUACUCAUCUGUCUACCGGACAAGACAUUCCUAUCAGGUAUUUCUAGAAUCUAUUGCUUCAGCUCACCUCACUCUUAGACAGUUUC